GCAGCACCGCGUCUUGCAGUAUAUCCAGCUAACUGACUGUUAGCUUUUGUAUCAAUAUGGAGUCUGGCUGUUUGUUUGUUGUUUCUGGCUAAUAACCCGCUGGCACUUGGUGGCUUUAAUGUUCCGUGCAGGUCACCUAAAAACCAUCGGCAAAGCGGGAACUGGCUGGCACUUUCACCGGACAAUGGACGAGCUGGUCCAUGACCUGGUGUCAGCACUGGAGGAGAGCUCGGAGCAAGCAGCCCGGGGUGGCUUCGGCGAUGGGGGAGACCACGCGCUCGCAGUGGGUUGUCUGCUGAAGAGACAGGCUCGGAAACGAAGGGGCAGGAAACGACGCUCAGACAACCCCCAUCCGCCCUGGGAGACGGGCCACCUCAGUGAGGGUUCAGAGUCCAGUGUGGAGGAACAUAAGGACUACCGUGCCAGCUCAGGAGGUGUUUCCGCUGCCAACAGCCACGCCCGUGACAACAGCGACUCUGACGACCAGCUUGGCCCCAAAAGGCGACCGCCCCACGCUACCGACUUGGGACGAAGCAAGCGGCCAAUUUGGCCCGACGACCUGGCCGUCCUGGGGUCAGCAGAGGGAACUCGCAGCCUUAGACGCCGGCGUAAGGUCAAACGGAUGGCUGUGGACCCGCCGGCGGAACCAGAACCUCACUCCUCUUCCAUCCUGCUCGGGCCCCCGCCGGUCCCCAAGGCCCGCGUCGGCAGCAGGCCGCACAGACUCUGCGGUAACGAGAGCAGAGGCGCCAUGGAGCUUUGUGGAGGCGGCCUGCUGGGGUCCGUGGGAGAAAAGAACCGUGUGAAGAAGAGAAAACUGGCAAUGCAAAGACUGGGGCUGGAAGCUGCAGACGAAGGGGUGGUGGUUGAGAGCGAAGACCCUCUAUCUUCACCAAAAGAGGGGUCUAAAGAGAAGAUGGAGCUGGACGAGCAGAAGGGCUCAGAUGAGGACAUGAGUGACAGGUGCGAGACCAGCAGCGUCAGUAACAGCAGUGAUGGUGGCCUCUAUACUAACGAUGAAGGGAGGCAAGGUGACGAUGAACAGAGCGAUUGGUUCUGUGACGGAGAACCGGGGUCCGGAUCUGGGCCCGGUGGUGCAUGUGGGAUAGCAGGAGUGGUUCCCUGGUGGGAGAGGGAGGCGGCGUCGGAGGAGCUGGACCUCGCCGACCCCGUCUUCAACAGCAUUCUCACAGGAUCCUUUCCUCUCCUGAGCCCCGCUGCACAGAGAGGGUUUCAGGCCAGGUUGAGUCGCCUCCAUGAAAACCAGCAGGGAUCCGAGGGGGGGCUUCCGGGAAGCUCCGGUCAGGGCUUCAGCGAAAGGCUGAGCCAAGAUCCCCAUGAGCCUUGGUUUAACGUGAGCUCAAGGAGGGACCAUGGACAGUUGCACUGGGAUCCACGGACAGACAGAGGGCAUCGGAGGAGCUGUUCGGUAAAAACAGCAAGCAGGCAGACCAGCGGACACCUCGGCUCUCUAUGCACAGGCGACAUCAAACGGAGGCGAAAGGCAGCUCCUCUAGGUACCGUUGUCCCCUCAGGUGUGGUUGGAGAAAACGCCGCUCCCCUCCCUGACACGAACAUGGGGAGCCGCAUGUUGCAAAGCAUGGGCUGGAGCCCGGGGAUGGGACUCGGCCCUGAGGGGAGGGGCAUCACCGAACCCAUCCGGGCCACGCAGAGACCCAAAGGGGCAGGUUUAGGUUUCAACUGAUCUGCCCUGCUUCCUGGACUCUGAGACACGAUACCGCAAAAAAAAAAAAAAAAAAAAAAAAAA